AUGUUAACUCUUGGAGAUGUGACAGAAUUAGGUGGAUGGGAUUUGGUGAUUUUCGUGUUUGUUAUUUAUGUGAUUUAUGUGGUAUUCUUAAAGAAGCCAACAAAAGAGAAACAUUCGGAUGUGGAAGAGACAUUAAAUUCUCUUCCACCAAUGCAAAAGAGAGAUUUUACGGUGGAAGAAUUGUUACACUUUGAUGGCAUACAAAAUGAACGUAUUCUUAUGGCUGUUUGUGGAAAGGUAUUUGACGUAACGAAAGGGAGUAUAUUUUAUGGUCCUGAAGGUGCAUAUGGUAAAUUGGCAGGUCAUGAUGCUACACGAGCUUUGGCAAAAAUGGACUUGACAUUGGUCAAAGAUAUUCCAGAUGACUUAAGUGAUAUUUCAGAUUUGGAUCUUAAUACAGCUAGAGAAUGGAUGGAAUCGUUUACCUACAAAUACCCUGUUGUGGGAAAAUUGUUAGCCGAAGGCGAAGAGCCAACCGAUUACAAGGACGAAUUGGCAUCAUUGAAAAAUAUGGCAUUUAUGUAUCCUAUGCAUUUCCCAACGGUACCAUUGCGAUGGGAUGAACCAGCAUGGGCAAUUCCUUGUACAGAUGCAAUUGAUGAAAUUUUACUUUCGAGACUAGAAUCACGUAUCAGUGCGCAGUCUGUAUUUGCUCAAAUGCGUUCGGUACCAAAUGUUAUUUCUGGAAGCACUUUAUUGCAAGAAAUUGAUGAUCUGGAAGAUGAUGACGAAGAAGUAGCUGAUGAAGACGAUGAACAAAAUCAGUGA